AUGCCUAAGAAAAUCAAUCAACGACGGGCAAAGAUUGUGAUGGCGAAAGUCGAAUACGAAAUCAAACCCAAGCCUCCAGCCCCAAAAAACUCUUUCGAAUCGGAGUUAUGCGAAUCCGUCUUUCUUAACGACCUAAUUUUCGAUCAGAUCUGCUCUCAUCUCGAAAUCAAAGAUCUUAGCUCGCUCCGUCGUACCACUCGAAGGUUCAAAGAUCUUUACGCAAGAGUCCUGAAAUCUCAAUGGAAUAUCUGCAAACAACUCUCCUACUACGUCGUUGAUACUGAUCAGUUUAGAGCACGAAUGGGAAUGCACAAUGUCUUUAUUACUGGUCAGAUCGCACUACAAUUCUUUGAUCGCAAUAAGACCGGUGUUCCAUUCAAAUUACUCGAUGGAAGUGAUGCCGCAAUGGAAAUGGUAGCUAGCUCUGGAAGUCAUGCAGAAGCUUUUGCAAAUUAUUUCACUGAAAAAGAGCACUAUAUUGUUGAUACAUUGGGCGCUUGUAUGUGUUGUAGGAAGAAGGGAGGCUGUUCAGAAGUAAGACUAUUUAAAAGGGUUGUAACAGAUGGCAGCAUCAGGCGCAUCCAGGUAUCAUACCUUGAAAACGAAUGGUGUCAUAGAAAUGGCGGUGACUAUGAUUCCAUUGGUAAUGGCCUAUACACGGCAGGUACUCUGAAGGAUUCAUUGACUACGGCCCAAAUAAACUUCAUCACAUGGAAUAAAGCUUAUUGCCUAUUUCCAAAAGCUCUUGCUGAGCAUAAACUUGUCUCUUUCGAAACUAACGACAUCGAUCGUGCCAAACCUAACUCUUCAUCAGAUUAUGUCAAACGCGGUUGGAAAUUAGAUACGACGUGGACUGCCGAAAUGGGACGAAUUCCACAAAUAGAAGCUGGAUUCAGAAGAAUUGGAGAUUCACAAACUUGGAAGAUCGACUUGCCAAAAAUCAAAGUAAAUAGACGAGACAGAAAGUUGCCGGACGGUGUUAUAGAAUGUUCAAAAUUUAGCAUCCGGGCUCGUAAGAGAUCGGCUGAUGAUGAUGACGAUGAUCAUGAGCGAACCUUUUUUAAAAUAGCAGCAACUUGUGGCGUUUCUAACAAAUACAAAUACAUCUACACUGCCGCUUGGGGUUAUCCAGACGGUGGCUGGUCCCCACUUGGUUCUGAACUUAUGGAUUAG